GCUGGGCUGCAGCGGAGGGCGCGGAGCCCAGAGCGGGCGCGGCGAAGCAUCCUUCGGGCACCGCGGCCCCGGUGCGGGCCGCUUCCCCCGCAGCACCCCGGCCUCCUAUGGGCGGUGCCGGCGUCCCGGCCCCCAUACGCCCGUCCCGCUCGGCGUUAGCAUGGGCACGGUGCUCUCCCUGUCCCCCGCCGCCUCCUCGGGCAAGGGCGGCGGCGGCGGGGGGCUGCUGGCCGACAAGGCUCCGGGCAGGCUGCCGGGAAAGGGCGAGAGCCGGCUGAAGAGGCCCGGGGUGCUCAUCUCGGCGCUCACCUGGAAGCGGCUGGUGGCCGCCUCGGCCAAGAAGAAGAAGAGCACCAAGAAGGUGACGCCGAAGCCCGGCGGAGGGCCCCCCCCCGGGACCCAGCCCGACCCGCUGGUGGUGCAGCGCAACCGCGAGAACUUGCGCAAAUCGCUGGGAGGGCCGUCCGAAGGAGCCAAGCAGGGCCCGCUGGCCGUGCCGGUGCCCACCGUGCCCUCGGCGCCCCAGGAGCUGCACCCCGGCUCCGGUGGGGGAAAACCGCCGCCGCCCCCCGGUAGCCGCGCCCCGGGCUCGCCGCGCCGCGUGGUCGUGCAGGCGUCCACCGGAGAGCUGCUGCGCUGCCUGGGGGACUUCGUGUGCCGCCGCUGCUACCGCCUGAAGGAGCUGAGCCCCGGCGAGCUCAUCUCCUGGUUCCGCAGCGUGGACCGCUCUCUGCUGCUGCAGGGCUGGCAGGACCAGGGCUUCAUCACCCCGGCCAACCUGGUGUUCGUGUACCUGCUGUGCCGGGAGGCUCUGCGGGGAGAAGACAUCGGGAGCCAGGCCGAGCUGCAGGCCGCCUUCCUCACCUGCCUCUAUCUCGCCUACUCCUACAUGGGCAACGAGAUCUCCUACCCGCUGAAGCCCUUCCUGGUGGAGGGCGACAAGGGCCGCUUCUGGGAGCGCUGCCUGGGCAUCAUCCAGCGCCUGAGCGCCAAGAUGCUGCGAAUCAACGCGGACCCGCACUACUUCACGCAACUCUUCCAGGACCUCAAGAGCGAGGGCGAGGGCGGAGACGGGUCCAAGCACUGGACGAUCAGCCUGGACCGCUAGGGAGGUACCGGGCCCCCGGGGACGGAAGGGGCCGCGCACCGAGGGGCGGGGGAGGAGAAGGACUGCUGGAUCCCCCCCAACCCCAAUCUUCCUCGCCUAACCCCCUCCGCGGAGACGCUGCCUGGACCCUCCCCGCUCCGGAUCCGGCCGCUUCCCCACCCUCCCCCCUUCUGCCCUCCGGGACACCAAGACGGCGGCGAAGACCGGGGGGAGGGGGUUGGCCUUCCGCCUGCA